GGGAAGCAAAUUGAACUAUUCCAACUUUCGUAGCAAAUCGGAUAUUAGUUCAUGACUUCUAGCUAUUGUCACAUCAAACGAGCAUCGGAAUCUGUGAACUGUUUUGAUGGUGAUGAAUUCCUCCGCACGAGAACUCAUCUUUCCCCACGAUUUCGAGCCUUCGCAUCCAAAAGUAAGUCCCGAUCGACUGAAUUCGAUCCUCUAGAGCUGAAGAAGGGUUUCAGCAUCGUUCGCCGAACUGAAAUAGCCCACGCUCAUCACUUGGUUGCAUUAGGACGAGGGUGGGUGAGCCAAAAGAUCACUUGCGAGUGGUCUCCAGCUUCAGUAAUUUGCCGCUAUGGAGUAAGACGCUGUCGGCACGUCCACCACCUUCGACACUUUCGAUCCGCCAACAUACCAACCCCUCCCCUGACCUGUAGAAUUCCACGAGCAAUGCCGUCUCCGACACAUCACUAGCUUGGAGUAGAUAGAACAGAUUCCUGGCUCUUGCAGUUCGCUCGCGAGCUUCCAGGAGGCGAAGCAACCAAAGAAUUAGAGCGAACUUAGAUUCUCUCACCAUAUGCAGCAUCUCUCCCCGCAAUUCCAGAUUCUUCGCAAUUCCUUGCGGCCUGAUUGCGUAUGAAGAAACUAGGUGCUCCUCGUCUCACAUGCACAGGAGCUGCAUGCGAGCUCACUCUCUCAGGCUCGUCGCUGAGGGGUGCAUGAGUUCUCACUGCCGUAAUUCGACCCGGUCUGCGGCAAUUUGUGGGCGCUUUUAGCGUGCGCGAAAGGGUAGACUCUAUGGUGAUACCAGAAAUUGGAUGGCACAGGAGUACUGUGGAGAUUGGACUUGACUUUUGGUCUGUUUGCGCGUGCACGAAAGAGAGAGAGAGACACAACAGUCUGUUUGUGUAUGUGAUUUCUCAAGUACGCUGAGUGCUUUGCUGUGAAUUUAGUUCGCGAGACAGGAGUUAGAGGUGGCAUGAAUUGGCUAUGAAUUGGCCAUAAAUUGCUUCCAGUCUCGAAUUUGAGUUUUGAGUGAAGAGGGGAGUGGAGAGUUCGCUUGUAGAAAAUAGGAGAGCUUGGCGCAUUCAGACUUGCUCGUGUACUGCACCUACACGUCAAAGAGAAACCCUGUCGAAGUAGGAUCUGGGCGGGGCACCGCGGUUAUCAUUACACUGUCUAUGCAGCUUGUAGACGGCGAGGAGUCUGAUAGAAGUCCAUGAUUCGAACCUUAGGGAGUUGCCCUGUUGAAGCGUAGGGGAAAUCGUGAGCUGAAACAAGCGCAAAUCUCAGAAGAAGGGUCUCAAGCGGAGUGGAAUUAGGCUGUUAUGCUACGAGGUAGAAUUUGGAGCACGAGUUGAUUGUGCUAAGACCAACUAUGUAUGAUGCAGUCGGCAAUUGGAAUGAAGUUCGAGCAAGCAUGGGUGAAUUCGCCGAAAGAUCUGAACAGAGUUGUCGAGGAUGAGAGUGUGAGAAAGCAGCGAGAGUGAGUGACCCAGGAUGCAGGGGAUGAACAGGCACCGCAUCGAGAUGUCUUUGCCAUCACUGCACGGAAUGCACGCGAGGGGAGUCAUUAUGGGCAGACGAGCUGCUCCUGCAACCCCCGUGUCCAAGUGGAAGGUAUUCAACCAUCAGUUGUACGAUGCCAUACCCUCCACAACGAGCAUGGUUGGCGGCAACCAAACAACCGCUUCGGCGCGAAAGCUUGCAGCCUCGUUGUGGAGGGUCGAAGAUCUUCCUCUCUCAGCUCAUCUUCCUGCGUGUCACAACAGCCCCAAUUUGAUCCCCUGUUCCUCGCCUUCGCAACGAGGCAUCAUUGACAGCCCGUUCUCGCAGCCUGACUAUGUGCUCACCCCAGAGACCUGCAGGACCCGCAAUCCUCACCUCGGAAAGACCAGCACAAACGGGAGCCUUCAGAGGUUGCUGCAGACGAUUAAUUUGGAACCUGACGGCUCGACUGCUCACGAUUCCAUUUCUGUUGAGAAGCGGAAACAAUUACCUUGUCGUCUAUUCGCUAGUCCUCGGAAGGGCGACGGUGAAAUCGGGCUUAACGUGACUGGCACCAUGUCACAGGAACUUCUGAGAAUUUUCAAUCAGAUACGCCUGCUGGAGGAGCACCACAACUCCAGCCUCCAUCUGACGAACGCAUUGCAGAGGGAGCUGAUGAGAACUCACGCUCGGGUGAGGGAGCUCGAGAAGCCUCACAGGAUGGCGCGACGAGAGACACAACGAGAGAUUGAAGAUCUCAAGAGGAAGAUUUCGGACGCAAAGCUAGGCUGGAAAACGAAAGAGAAGGAGAGGAUCAAAGAUGCGGUGCUGUCUGUGAAGAAGGAAUUGGAGGAAGAGCGUCGGGCGAGGCUGAAGCUUCAAAGCGCCAACCGCAGACUAACGAACGAGCUCAUGGAGGCCCAAGCGGUGACCUCCAAAGCUCUCCAAGAGUUUGAGAGUGAACGCAAGGCCCGGCUGAUCAUAGAAGAGGUCUGCAACGAGUUAGCCCAGAAGAGUGAAGAUGAGAAGCUGGAGCUGGAAAAAAUAAAGCGUGAGACGCAACAAGUACGCGAAGCUCUUGAAGAGGAGCGGUGCAUGCUGCAGAUGGCUGAGGUCUGGCGGGAGGAGCGUGUUCAGAUGAAGCUCGGGGAAGCAAAAGUGGCCUUGGAAGAAAAGAGUGCCGCCCUGAAUGUCAUGCAGACCAAGCUAGAAUCUUUCCUGAGAGCCACGCGAGAUGCCAACAGAUACGCCACCUUGAGAGAUGCCCAAGUUUUGCACAAUAUCGUCAGCACCUUUCACCCUAACGACUCGAACUCCACCUUUCCUCCAAACCCUUGCAUCUCUUCCCUCCAUCCCAGGUCCGAAUACAUGCAAGCUGCCUCUCUUGUAGAAGAGCCAAGCCAGGAGGAACGCAAGCCAGGACUUGAUCUGUUUCAUUACUCGGAAGCUUGAAGGGCUGCCAAGCAUUUCUGCGGCUGCUACUUAAAAAGGAGGCAAUCACAAUAUGUUACACACCAUAUUUUCAACUGGGAUCCUUGAGACUUCAAAUAUCAGGUAAAGAAAAAAAGACAAUGAUAUGCAUUUAAUAUCAAAAAAUAUUGAGGUAAUAUAUAGUCAAUGAGGUUCUGGGUAUUUAUUUCAAAAAUAUAAGAGCAGGAUAGUCGAUACAGUUGAAACCUGCAGACAGAGAUCUUUCUCCGUGAAGUAGGUAUGCACAACUGGUAAGGUAGACGGUCAAAAUUUGAUGAAAUUUUCGUUUUUAGGAAUCUGACUAUGUGCAUUGCAGCAAAGUGUUUACAUUUAUAUACCAGUAUGUAGGCA